AUGGAAGCUUUAUUGUCUCGUCAUGCUUAUCCAGUCUUCCUUGGACAGCUGGAUCCCUCUCAUCCCUCACGUGUCGUCUCUCUAACCCUACCCAUCCGCAGCCACCCCGGCACCGCCAUUCUCCCCCACCACUCUCUCGCGGCGAUUUCAUCCGUACCAGUACGACUGCCGUUCUCCACCUCGCAUCUCCGUUUAAAGCGGCGGAAGAACAGAAGAUAUUAUAAAGAUAUAAAGAGUCGACGUCACCAAAUUUUUUGGCAGCAUUUUGAUAUUUCAUCCCGUGGUUUCAUGGGGGCUGAGGAACAAAGCUCACCUGCCAAGCAUUCAAAUCCUACUUCAACUCAGGAAACAACUCCAUCUCCAUAUCCAGAUUGGUCACAGGCAUGUUAUAGCUCUGGCUUUGCUCCACCUUUCUUUGCCUCGUCCCCAGCUCCUCCGUAUAUGUGGGGUGGCCAGCAUCCUAUGAUGCCACCAUAUGGGACGGCGGUUCCAUACCCUACUAUGUACGCUCCACCAGGAAUCUAUCGUCAUCCUAGUAUGCCUAUGACCCCUAGCCAACCGAAUCCAGAAUUGGAAGUGAAGGCCACUAAUGGGAAGGACAGGGCUCCAAACAAAAAGUCCAAGGGCAAUUCAGGAAAUUCCAAUGCUGGUGGUGGUAGGGCAGCAUCAAGUUCAGGGAACGAUGGUGCCACCCAAAGCGCUGAAAGUGGAAAUGACGUUUCAUCAGAUGGAACCGAUGAGGAUUACCGACAGGAAUAUUCCGGAAGCAAGAAGGGAAGCUUCCAUCAAAUGCUUGCAGAUGCAAAUGCCCGGAAUAACAAUUCCGGUCCCACACCAGUCCCCGGGAAUCCUGUAGCUUCUAUGCCUCCAACCGAUCUCAACAUGGGAAUUGACCUAUGGAAUCCAUCCACCGGAACUGGAUCCAUGAACUUACAAAAAAACCAUUCCGGUGUCCAACAAACACCGGCCCCACCACCAAUGAUGCCUGAUCAUUGGGUUCAGGUAUACCUGAAGCCUGUCUAG